GCGAUGGGCGGCUUUGAUCAUGUGCGGACUGGAUUCAUGCAGCUAGUCCAGACCUUUGAAGAACAGCAACGGAUCCUCCUGCAAGGGAACCUCGCGAGACGUCUGGCUAUGACAGAUGUGCCCAAGCCAGAUACCUUCGAGGGAGAGCGCUACUUGGAGGCUGUGGAUGCGACGUGGGCUUCUUUGAAGCCGGUCUUGAUCGACUACGUCAAUGAAAAAGCCGUGUACACUUUUGAGGACCCAACUGUGGCAUUUCUUGCUGACGUGGAAGGGGAGUGA